GACUCAGUCAAAGGGGGGAGGCUGGCACAACCACCUCUGAUUGGUCAACACUACGUUUCUGUUAACCAUUCCUUCACUGGGUUACAGGUGCGUAGCAUUGGAGACAGAGACACAGGAUAUUAAACCUGUUUCAAGCCCUUUGAACCUGUAAUUGUUUCUCCUCUGUCACUAACAGAGUUAGUUUGCAAACUCUCACUUGCAACACCAACAUUUUUAAAUUAUGAUUUUAUUUGGUGUACUUUGGGGUUAAACAUCUUAAGACAUAAUAAACCAUUUCAUGAAUUUGUGUAAUAUGUCCUGCUCACUUUGACAACCAGCGGUUAAGCUUUUUUUCUUACCCGUAGGUGUGAAAAUAGUUGUAAUGUGUCUUUUUAAUAAUUACCAUUUUUUUGGGUUUGACCACAAGGACCAGCCCUAGCUCUUCAAAACUCUGUUUCCCUGUCACUGAGUGAUUAAGUUCCACCAUCUGUCAGAGGCCACCCGCUGAAGCCACUUCUCCUCUGCUCAGCUGGGCCAUCGUCCAUUAAAAGAUGCCUUGGAACAUUGUUUUGCUUCUAGGUGGAAGUUUAGCAUUGGCACACGGAAGUGAGAAAUCUAGACUUUCUUUAUGGCCUGGAGGAUGUUCAUUCAUACCGCUGCAGAGCACCCCUUCGAUUGCCAUCUCCGCCCUGCUGUGUCAGCUGGUGGCCAUGUUCCCCGAAUGCUCCGGCAACCACCCACUUUCUGCCAAUAUUUGGCCUGCAAGGCAACCACUAUCAAGAUACAUCCACUGUCACAUUUCCCUGCAUUAUCUCUCCCUCGCUGGCUUUCAUGCUGCCUUCAGCCACUCUACCCAACACCAUCGCCUUCUCCUACGUUAACCUUAAAGUCAUGGACAUGGAGCAGAUAUUGGUGCAGAAUGUCAGACUCCCCGACAUUUUCCUACACCAGGGCAAAGUCUCCAACAUCAACCCCUCUGGCCAGCAUACACACCUGUGAGUCAGGUGGGACGUCCUGUCAGCAGAUGGCAGAAUCACAGAAAGAAAGCAACACCUUCAGCUUGAGAACCGCGGUUUUGAACAGGAGGCACAGCGCUGAUGGGACCGUCAGUUCAGGGUCAGCACCGGGACAAGGCCCUCAUGACUCUGACCGUUUCCAUCCAUACCGUCGACAGUUCAGCGAUGGAGCAGUGACGGCCGCGGGUUGCCUCCAACAGUGCUCGUCUUCCUUCAGCUGUCUACAGGAGGUGUGCAGCUCUGACACUCUUUCCCACAGGUCGAGCAGUGAGGCACCAACAUCCUGGGACCGGUACAACGACAGUGUUCAGAGUUCCUACCCAAAACUAACAACUCUACAGGCAGAGCCAUCCUGCUUCCUGUCUCAAAACUAUCCAUCCUACAGCUCAUCGAGCCCUCUACAACAGGUCUCAUCAAGAUUGUAUCCUAAUAAUGAUAAGUCCAGCAGGUCAAAAUAUUGUCUCCAAAGUCUCUCCAAUCAAUCAUACCAGGAGAGUACCACGCAGUCCCAGUUCCCCAAGCCCAUUUACUCAUACAGCAUCUUGAUCUUCUUGGCUCUGAAGAACAGUAAAACAGGAAGCCUGCCAGUCAGUGAGAUCUACAGCUUCAUGACUGAACACUUUCCCUAUUUCAAGUCAGCCCCUGAUGGAUGGAAGAACUCUGUGCGUCACAACCUCUCCCUGAACAAGUGCUUUGAGAAGGUGGAGAACAAAAAUGGGAACUCGUCCCGUAAAGGCUGUCUUUGGGCUCUCAAUCCAGCCAAGGUGGAGAAAAUGCAAGAGGAGCUGAAUAAGUGGCGUCGCAAGGACCCUGUUACUGUUCGCAGGAGCAUGGCGAGGCCAGAAGACCUCGAUCAGCUUCUGGGAGGGAGACCGGACAAAUUCAGGUCUGUGCCUCUUUACACCAACCCAGCUUUGUUAUCCAGAGUGGCCCCUAUCUAUGGCCCCACCUCGCCAUCUUGCACCCAAGCCCAGCUCCGCCCACCCUACCUGCCCGUUCAGCGUCCACAUUAUGCCCAAGUUCAACCUCAGCAGCCCCGUUUCCUUCCCCCUGCUCACCCUAGCAACUCAUUUGUCCUAUACUCACCGUGUGGACAGCUGCCUGCAGCUGGCGUCCCAUCAGCCGCUGGAAGCUUGCACUCCCCCAUGACUGGUAAGAUGCCACCUGUUUACAGUGCCGCCCUACAGGCUGAGUUCAGCUCCAGGAACAUGCAGGACUUGCUGUUGGAGGGAGACGCCAGUUAUGACAUCGACACGCUCAACCCCAGUCUGACUGACCUGCAGCUGCAAGGUAACUUGUGGGAGGAGUUACAGGAGGACAGCCUGCUGUCGGAUCCACAAUUUACCACCACGACUUCUGCCCUGCGGGACCACAGCAUCCAGAACAGCUGCCUUCAGGCCACGCCCCCUGUCGGUCAGACGUCAGAGGUGACUGCCUUCGGUCGAGGAAAAGCUGAUCAUGAGGACGAGAACGCAGGCCGAUACUUCGAGCAGCAUGGCUGUUUGAAUGGACUGCAUCCCGUGGCUUAUUCAGGGAUGGAGAGUCUAGCUGGGUACCUGACCUCCUGUACCACAUCCAUCACCUUAAUGUAAAUACCUGACUGUUUGGGCUUUUCUACAUUCUCUGACCAUUAAUGUAGUAUAUUAACCUGAAUGGGGAAUAUUGUUAUAACCAACGUAAUGCCACAGUAUUAGCUCAGUGUUUUAUUACCUAUCAAAUCCUCUGUUUAUCAUAGUGUGACAAACUGUGGUGGAAAUAUCCUUUUUGUCUGUUUCAAUUCACAUGUCUUUCCCACCGUUUAUUUAUUUACAAGAGCUCCUGUUAUAAAAAGUAUAAUAUAAAACACAUAUAAGUUGUUCAUUUUAUUGAUGCAUUAAUAUAUUUGUGCAUUCUUGUCAUUUCAGUUAUUUUAGUCAGUUAAUACUAGAUGAUGCAUUGCUUUAUUCAGUAUCCAAGGGUUUGGUUCCUCCAUAUUAGAGAGUAAAACAUAAACACAUUGUUGGAUGUCCUCUGAUUCAUCACCUUACAUUAAACUGGCUACAACCUGAAACACAUGGACAGUUGCCUGGAUAAUCCCUCCGUCUAAUGGGAACUGAUUAAAAUUCACUUAACUCUG